GAAAAUGAAAACAAGGUGCCCUUUUGUUUAUAUGAACUACUCGGAGAAAGUGCCACAUACGCUAGCAGUAGCAAAAAUCACUUGACAGGAGCAAAAAAGGUUUCAUGGCACGCCGACGAAGCAAGCCGAGCCGGAUUAUUACGUGACCUUUUGCGAAUUGUCAUACCGCUCCUUUCCUUUCGCUCUUUCUUUUACAGUUUUUCGAAACAGCAGCCCCCUUUUUAUUUUUAUGCAUCGCCGCGACUUCUGAUGGACUACUUUUCGAAUUUCAGAAAGCGGAUUGUGCCUGCCAAAGUGCAGCCAAAUAGCGCAUUGCACCUUGUUAAAUUUCACAAAUGUUGGGAUUAUGUCCAUAAUAUAUUCGAUUCGGACGACAACAAAACGAACGUACAUGUCCAACAGACCGAAAUACCAAAUAAGCUACGGCUCAUGGUGGAUAUGCUGGUCGAUGAGGAAGCCCGACAGGAGGAGGACAGCACGACGGGAGUGUGCAUGGAGUACUUUCUGAAGAACGGCGUGCUGCAUUAUCUCGUCAGUGUGGCUGAAAAGGCGGACUAUCCAGUCGGCAUCAGGGGCGAAACAAUCCGAAUGAUUGCCAACAUGGUGGAUCUGCUUGACGAUCGAUUUCUUGUGCACAACGCGGUGCACAGGCCGACUGUGAAGCUGUUGCGCUUCUGUGUCCUGGACCAGCAACACCAGUAUCACGAGGAUCUCGUCGAUCUCAUGUACAUCAUCUGCUCAAAAAUUCACGGCUUCCCGGCACUGCUCAACAUCUUCUUCCACCAUAACCCAAACAACAGCAAUUACGACGAGUUCCUGCUAUUCACAUACCUGCUCCGGUUCGUGCACCGUGAGGGCCGAUCCGGAGACUAUGCCCGAACGGGCUUGCUGUUUGUCAUGGAGAUGGCUGCGGCGGAUCACCUGGGCGACUUCAUCCUGUCGUCUGAUUUUGCUACCAUCAUGGCUGCUGGACUCGGGGCACUCUAUUCGCAGCUGCCGCGGAAACUCGUCGUCAAGGACGAAUCCUUGCUGUCCAAAACUGCAUCGACCUAUCUGCUCGGCCAAGACUUCAUCCGUCUCAACCUCAACCAUGUCGACGAAUCGUCCUCGUCCUCGUUUCGCUAUCAACUUGAUGCAUUUCUCAAGCUGCUUGAGUUCUGCCAAGAUGUGCUUGGGCGCUGUUCACGAACAGACAUCUGCAAGGCGCUAUUACAGUAUAUACGUGCCAUCUUCCUGGAAAAUAUUCUGUAUCCGUCAAUUCUCGAAUGCUCAGACGUGGAUGGCUCGUCUGUAGCUGUCAUCAGUUACAUUGAUGCGAUCUUGCAGACGGUCGAACACAAUGCAUUGGCCGACAUGAUUGUUGGAUUUCUCAUCGACGACGACGACGAUAGCGGCCACUCAUCACCGACAAGCGAAGUAAUGAACGACACCGACAAAAUCUGCUCAAACUUGUUUGCAGGCCUCGAACUGGAUCGGUACAAGAGCUCGACGUACUUCACCGCUGCCGGCCGCUUUACCCUCAAAGACUUGAUCUUUAGUCGACUCAAAUCAAGCUCACAACCAGCCGUAAUCGCAACAUUGAAACUAUUAAAAACACUGCUUACAAAACACUGCCGAUACUCGCUGAAAUUAUUAUCGAUAUACCCUGAUUACGGCGACGACUUUAUAUAUUCCAGCAAACAACUGUCCGCACAGCCGCCACGCCAACCCUCGUCAUCUACAGCUACAGCUACGACAGUGUCGCAUCAUAUCCGUGAAAUAGAACUAUACUUUUCCUUGAUCUCAGCCAUCGACCAAGUUCACGCUGAUGAUGUCCAAUUGUGUGGCUACGAGGGAUAUCUAUACGACAUGGAAGCAUUAAUGGAAGGCGACGGCUGCUUCCAGGGCAUGUGCACUGGAUCAUCCGAACACGACGAUGAAGAAAAUAACACACUUGCAGGACACAACAACAAUAACCGGCCACGCGCAAGACGGCGACACAGCUUUAAAUACGGCAACCGAUUUGCAGUAGCAGAUCAGCAACAGCAGCAAAAACACGAUUUCCCGCCCCGUACAUAUACCAACCAUUUAUCAUCAUUGAAAAAACUCACCCUGUUCAAGCACCGGAUACAACCAACGGAUCCAUUACUCCAGAUAUUGCUUGGUUUACUCAGUAACUUUUUUGCUCAGUCAUCCGAACUCAAUCUGGUACUGACGGGCGUAAUUUCUGCAUUAGCCAUGUGUCCAUAUCGGUCCUUGAAAGGCUGGAUCUCCUUCCGAGAUAGCGACCGCACCAGUGCAGAAGAUGUGCUCGUGCUCAACACGGACAGCGAAGCUGUCAACCUCAAAGCAGCAGCGACGAGUAAUAAAGCUUACGACGACGACGACGACAGAAUUCAUGCGAACGAUAUAUACCAUCAUCCAACUGUGAUACCACGCAGCGUAGAAAACGAAGACGAAGACGACGAUGACGAUCGCUCUAUCGACUACGGCGUCGAGAAACAAUCUGCCGCCAUGACCCAACCCACUCAAUUCAAAUCAUUCCCUCCAUUUUUCACCCUGUUUCGUACUCUAACACAACAAGUCGACUAUUAUCGCUCCGAAAUCGACAAUUUUGACAUCUUGUUAGAAGAACGGCGACUGAUGUUGCAAAAUCCACAAGCAGCCGCUACGCUAGAAACAUUCUCCUCACCCUCUUCUCCAGUUCCAUCAACACCGACUACACCUACCACAACAUCCACUAUGGGGUCAUUAUCCGCUGCUGCAGGCUAUCUAUUUGGAUUCAGCAACCCUGCUCCUGCUCCCCCUCUAUCGGAUCCCAGCAGCUAUGCAAGACGACCCUCCAUUUUACCACAGCAACCAUCGGCAAGCAGUAACAACAACAACAACAACAACAACAGUGAUUAUUAUUGGUGGAGCGCGCGACCAGACCACAUGCAAUCCGACACCUCUGGAUUAGCAGCGACAGAGGCGGCCGUCCAGUCGCUAAUUUCUGAUCCUUUAUCACCACUGUCGGUACAUGCACGCAGAACACAAGACAUCCGCAUCAAACCAUUGUUCCCGUCUAGUUUCCCUCAGGACAACAAAGACUCAAUACUUGACUUGGAUGACGAAGACGAGGAUGCAUUUGCGCCUGCUGAUCAAGAUCCAUCCAUACAAGCACGGCGAAGAAAGAGCGCCGUCAAUGACAUUCCAUUGUCGAAGCUAUUGAAUAAUGUCGUCAUAUUGGAAGAAUCUAUCAAGGAGCUUAUUGCUGUAAUGCAAGUGCGGUCUAGUCUUGGGGUCGACCAGAUACGUUAUGUCUGAAAAAUAUAUAUAUCAUAAUAAAUCAUCGUGUGUUCCUGUUUGUCGUGUAUAUACCAUUACAUACAAUACCAAUAGGUGAUAUCGUAUAAGAAUAAGAAAAAUUAU